AUGCUGUGUGACCCUUGGCCAAAAUGGGCCGUGCCCCUACCUUACCCCCGCAGCAGCCGCGCCAAACCCGGAGCGGGUCCUCGCCGGGCUGGGGGGCGCGGGCCGGCGAGAGCGGGCUCCCUCUGGCCGGACGGCGCCGGGCCGCGGGGCGCCCCGCGUGCCCGCGCCCCCGUGGGGCAGCCGCCGGGGUCCGCGCGGGGCACCCGCUCGCCGGAGGCCAUGGCCGGGGCGCUGGGGGCCCGGGCCGGCGCCGCGCCAGGUGCACGGGCGGCCGCGGGUUCCCGGGCGGGAGGAACGGGCUCUGUGAGGUCAGCGCGCCCCGAGCCGGUCACAAUGCCGCGCUCCUGCUCGACGGCCGGGCCCGGGCGCGCCGCAGACACCUGCCCGGCGCCGCCUGGACCGGAGCGUCCGCGCGCGGCCAGGGCUCGGGCAGCUGCUUCCAGCCUGGGACCGGCCUCGGCCUCCCUUAGAGCGCCCCGGGGCCUGGACAUGAGCACCCAGGAGCCCCCGCAGGGUCGGAGAUUCCCCAUCGAGGCGGGAGACUCCCCUGGCCUUGCCGCCGCCCCAGAAUCCCAGGACAGCCCGGAGCCCGUAGCUACGGAGCACACCCCGGUCAGGCCGCUUCGACGCUGCCCCGGCUGCCACUGCCUGACGCUGCUGCACGUGCCCAUCGACGUCUACCUGGCCAUGGGCGGGAGCCCCCGGGCCCGCGCCACCUGA